AUGAUUUUGAAAGAACACGCAAUUUGGGCGAAGAUGGUGUAUCCGUGGAGUUUUGAUAUGGAUUAUUUUGGAGGUUGGUUAUUUUUUGGAGGGAGGGUCUUGAGGAGAUGGGAAUAUAUUUAAAGGGAGCUACAGUAAUCUGGAAGUUUUUUGGGGCAGAAUUCAAAUAAACAACAGAAAUUCCACAUUUUUUGUAUUAACAAUAAAACAGAAUUUUAAAAUGGCAUUCAAAAAAUCUGCAAAUAAAUUAAAUUAUUUGAAACAGUAGAUUUUUGAAUGAGAAAUUUUGACACAGUCAUCAAGAUUGGUAAUAUUUUUUCUAUAUUUGAAACGUAGAUUUUUGAAGACUUUCAACGUGGAUUAUCGGAGUUUUACAAAAAAAUUUGAAUCUUUCAUUUAUUGAAUGCCGGAAUUUUCAAAGCAAUGCAUGUUUUCCUAUUAUUGAAGUAAAAAAAUUUGGCAAAAACAGAGUCUAGAUUCAAAUGACACUCUUCUCAAGUAUGGUGUUUCUACCAGUCUUUGCGAGACCCAUUUGUGCGUCUUUGUGGGGUGGUCUCGAAACAGUGUUAUUGACGCAGAGAAAUACCGUACUUGGGGAAAUUUCGAUUUGAAUUACUGACCUCUCUUUUUUGCGAAUAUUUUUCACUUUGAUAAUAUUUCAGAAACAAUCCGAAAAAUCGAUUUUUCCUGAGUCUGGAGAAAAAAUCUCACAAUCAAUAAUAUAAAACCCUUAAAAUCUUAUACAUUUUUUGAAACAGUCAAUUUUUUCUGAAAUGCGAUGUCCAAAGUAAAAAAUAUAUCAAAAAAUUCGAGAAUAUCGUCCAAAGCUCGCCUUAUAUUCAAAAGGCGAUACACGCGAGUUUCCCGGCGAAUAUAGAUAUAGUAUUCGAGAGAAUCAGACUCUGGACGAUAUAUUUUUUCCUAUAUUUUUUAUUUUGGACACCGCAAAAUGUUUUUCAUAAUAAUUCACAUAGUACGUUCUCAUAGCCUACAAAAUCCAAUUUUUUCGUCAAAAAAAUCACUUUAUUUUUAGAAAACCUCCCACUUUUCCUUUUUCUUUUUUCAAAUAUUCACAAAAUUGUGGAGGCUUCUAAUAUAUAUUUUAUUUAAAUUCUGAUUAAAUAUUCAAAAAGUCCAAAAGUUUUUUCCCACGACUUUUUCUCAGAACCUUUCCAACCCAACUAACUCAUUAUAAUGCAUUUUUAAACAUUCCUCAUUUUCGCGCGCCAUAAAAUAGCUUUUCCUAAAAUUACAUUUUUUUUUGUUUGGUCUGGUUUGGGAUAAAAAAAUUCCCAUAUAAAUUCCCUUCUCCUCCCUUUCUUAUUGUUAAAUAAACGUAGGGAGCCCCGAAAAAAAUAGUAAAUUCAAUUUUUUUUCGGGGCGCAGCACAUGAAAAAAUUCGACAAAACGUCUUUUUUAUCGAAAUUGUGCCAAUUUUCGGUCAAUUUUCGUCAAAUUUCUAUAUUUUUGUGUUCUUGGAAUAUUUGAUGUUUCAAAAAAUUUAGAAAAUAUCUAAUCUGAAAAAUAAAAUUGAUGAACUAUUUACUUCUUUUUUUUUAUUUCUGAUGAUUUUGUUCCGCUAAAAAGUUUUCUUUUAUAGUUUUUGAAAAUUUACUGUUUCAAAAAUUUCGGAUAAUUCUUAUUUGGUGUUUUGCUAUGUUGUAUAUCGAGAAAUAUCAUGAAAAUAAUAAAAGUAUAAAUUUUAACGCAAAUGUAAAAUUGAAAUAUUAUUACCUUAUGUCUGCCAAAAACAAAUCUAGAUCCAAAUAUUUUUGGCGCCCAGAAAAAUCCCCGAAAAUAAAACGUGUCUUAUAAAUAGUAAAAAUAUAAUAUUUUUCUUCAUUUUCCGAUUUUCCAUAUCACACAAAUAAUAAUAAUAUGAAAAAUAAAAAAUGUGAGAAUUUUUAUCCGGCCCACGGAUUUUCCUCUUCUUUUUUCUAUCCUUUUAUUUUUUUUUCUUGAAAAUAGGAAUUUUUGAUUUUUUUCGUUCUCUGUUUUGUUGUGUUUUUUUGGAAAAUUUGAAAAAUGUUCACUUAGUUAAAAAUUGAUUUUUGCCUCUUAUAAAAUAUGUAUUAAUCUGAGGAAGAAGCUUGAGAAAUUGAGAAAUCUUUCAGGAUUUCCGGGGCUAAAAUUUUAAAAGAGAAAUAGAGAGGAAAAGAGGAUGUUUUGAAGUAGUUUUCCCCGUUUUUGAUCAACAUUUUAUCAGUUUCUAGUCGAUUGGAAAUUAGCUGGUUUAGAUUUAUUGAGAAUUUUAUAAAGAUUUGAAACAGUGGAGAUUUAAAACAGUGAUUUUUUCUUUGAAUGUUUUCUUUUCACGUUUAGGUUUUAUGGAAGGUCGAACAAAAUUGGAAAAUGCUCGAUUUUUUAUAGCGAUUUUUUGAAACAGUAGAUUUUUUUUACAAAUCAUUUGUAAGAUUUCGUGUCUAAAUCAAAUUUCAGAAUUUUCCAUUCUUUGAGCAAAGUAUUGAUAAUUGUUAUUAGUUUUAAAAAAUCUUGUUAUAUUUCGAAAGAUUUUAAAUUUUUUUUUGAUACAAUAUAUUUUUUUCCUAUAAAUUCCACGUGGCAAUUCAUAUUUUCUAACUAAAAUGAAAUCGAUCAUCUUACAAAAAACUUUGAAACAGUGAUUUUUUCUGAUGCUCAAAUUGCAUAUAUUAUUAGUACAGUUUUGAUCUUCUUUGAAUAGUGUAUUUUCGAAACAGUGAAUUUUAUUUCCGCCAAAUUUUUUUCUGCAAAACCAGGUGCUACUAAAUACUCUUUGUCUUUUGCGUUUUUUGUUCCAAAACCGCAUAAUAAAUUUGGUUUUUUCUUUCCAAAAACAAAAAUUAUGCACAUUUUUUAUCGUUUCCUCACACCAAUUAGAGUCCCAAAAAAGAGUCUCAUCCAUAAAUUAGCGUGCCUAGGCAACUUUUUUCACCUCCCCAUUCCUCGAUUUUCUUCUUUUCUCUAAACUAAACUAAACUACUUCCCCCCGAUUUUUCUAAUUUGUUUUCUUAUUUGUACUUUUGAGGCUAAGCCUGUUUUUAAAACAAGAUUUUUGUAGAAAAAUGUCUGUAUUUUUGGCUGCUUGCAUUUGGCCUUGUGUUAUUCGUAAGUUCUUUUGGGUUACUGUAGAUUCUCAGUUAUUUUUGGAGCUCGUAAAACAUCUAGAUUACUGUAGCUCUUGGGAACGUUUGAAUUGUUAAAUAUUUAUUGGUUCAUGAGUUUUCAAAAAAAAAAUGAAAUUUGGAAUUUUAACUCUAGAAAUUUAACGUGUCUCUAUAAACUUGAAAUCAAAAUUUCAAUUCAAGCAAUCCACGUGGAAUUCCAAAUUUCCGAAAAUUUGGAACAAUUUUUCAAGACCUGAGAAUUUUUCAGAAAAAAAUUCAAAAUUCGUGGCAGUCAAAAAAUCUAGGGUUGCAGUUAUUCUAUCAACAAAAAACUUUCAAUCAUUGUUUUGCAGGUCCCGAUUUCUGGGGUCUAAUGCAAAAUGAGUGGAAAAUGUGUGCAAACGGAAAAAUGCAAUCACCAGUAAAUAUUGAUCCAACUCAACUAUUAUACGAUCCACAUUUGCUUCCAAUUAAAAUGUCGGAUCUAAAAAUCGAAGCACAAUUCGAAAAUACCGGACAACUUCCAAUUUUGACGAUUCAGGACUCAAAAAAAUCACCCACAAUAAAUAUAUCUGGAGGUCCAGUUGGCCCAUAUUCUUAUAAAUUACACCAGUUAAUUAUGCAUUUUGGGAGCAGUGAAGAAGGCGAAAAAGGUUCGGAGCAUACUGUAGAUCGAGUUAGAUUUCCUGCGGAGUUACAAAUGUUGGCUUAUAAUGCGGAUUUGUAUGAGAAUUUUAGUGUGGCACAAUUGGAACCGAGAGGAUUGUUGGCGAUUUCGGUGAUUGUUGAUGUGAGUUAUUUCGGGGAAUGUUUUGAAGUCAUUUCUAGAGACAAAUUUGAGAUCAUAUAAGUUUGGAAUUUUUUUGACAUUUCAAUGAUAUUUUUGGCAUAGUGAAAUUUUUCAUGCCAACUUUGAUGAUUGAAAAAAGGUAAGACAAUAAAAUUGGUCGAAAUUUUAGAAUCCGCUCAAAUUUUUUUUCUAUAAACUUUCUUCUACAUUGCAACAAAGCAAGUAUCAAAGAGAAUUAUUUCAGAAAAAUAUGUUUAAAUUUUCAAAGAACGCUCAUAGAAUUUCUUCAAGUAAACGGAUUGAUCCAAAAUUUUCAAUAUAAAUAGCAAUAUAGAGUAUCAACGUAGCAAAACGUGAAGCUACAGUAAAAAAUACAUGAAAAGUUUAAAACAGCGAAUGUUCUCAUAAAAUAUAUUCUCAUCCUCCCACACCCCUGAAUUCUUCCAGAUCGGAAAAUCAACAAAUUCCGAGCUCCGUCGACUUACCGUAUCAUCCCAAAGCAUCAAAUUUAAAGGAACAAUUGCAAAUAUUUCGGAUAUUCGACCUGCAAAUCUACUACCAAAAACAUCGCAUUAUGUGACUUAUGAAGGAAGUCUGACAUUUCCUGGUUGUUAUGAAACUGUUACUUGGGUUAUUAUGAAUAAUCCCAUUUAUAUUACAAAUGAUGAUGUGAGUUUGGUUUUGACGGGAGAAAUUGAAUUCAAAAAUAAAACACUUUAAACAAAAAUCUCUUUUUAUGAAGACGAGUGAAAUAUAGAUUUUUUGAAGUAGUGGAUUUUUUUCAAAUUAUUUUUCGAAUUUAAUGAAAAACACACUGAAAAUCUACAAAUUCUUUCAGCUGCAAAUCUGGAACGAUCUUCACAAAACCACAGAAUCUGAAAUUUCGGCUCAAAUGACUCCAUCUUAUCGUCCACUUCGCCCAUUAAACGGGCGACUUCUCAGAACAAAUAUAAAUAUUGGGGCGAAAAACAGUGGUGCUUCUGAAAAUUCCAACCAAAUUCCGGAAAAAAGUUGUCCAUCGAAUAUUUAUGUGGAAAUGGGAUAUCGUGCAAAUCCGGGAAGAACGAAACGAGGAGCAAAUCAGAGCGAGAAAAUGGGCAGAAAAGUGUAUAAACGAGAGGUUUUUGAGAUUGAGAAUAUUGUUCCGGAAAAUGAGCAAUUUCAGACAAGGAGCUCUUUUUGA